AUGCGAGCUAAUGCAGUGAGUUUCUGCUAAAUGAACGGAGGGCUACUACACACGUCAGUACUAUCAUCAGAAUCUGUUCACUGGUAUACGUUCAGGAUGACUCCUCUCCUCUGCAACGCUUGUCUCAUCUUGCCUGUUGCUCUGCAUUUGCUGCUCGUCCCCAGUCCAUGUUCUGCUUCAGUCACAAGGAGGUGUGGCUCCAUCUAUAAAGGGUUUGCCCAGUGUCUGAUCACCCUGGGAGACAGUCUUUCUGUCAGUGCCCAAAAAGAUGAGGAUAUGCAGGAGAUUGACUCUGUUUGCAAAUCCUGGGAUGAUUUUCAUGACUGUGCAAAUGUGGCCAUGGCUGGAUGCCCUGACGAGGCUGCUGCAGUGUGGGAGUCUCUGAGACAAGAGUCCAAAAAGAUGCAAUUUUCUGGAAACCUGUAUGAGAUGUGCUCCAUUCGUAGCCAAUCGGCAGCUGCCUCUGAUUCCCAAAGCCCAGAUGAGACCAAUCAGGAAUUGUUAAAGGGACACGCCAGUCAUAAAAGUGUGACUCAGUACACUUUUCUGACCUUUUGUUUGCCUGUACUACUACUGAUUCCAUGGAUAUAAUCACAUCUAUCUGCUUUCUCAAAAAGAAUGUGCAGGACAUUGACAAAGAUAUUGACUGGUUUUGUUUUGACAUUUCCAUAAAGAUCUUAUCAAUAAUAAGACUAAUUCUAUGCUAUAAAUCAAACUUUUCAAAGCAAAAAAAUAAUGUUAUUUUCACACAGGGGAUAGUACGCAGACAAACACAUGUUUUCAGGUGCAAAGCUUACACCCAAGUCUGUCAAAAAUAAAUAAAUAAAUCUCUUCUGUUAAAAAUGACAAAAUUAAUUUAAAGUACAAGCAGGGCACAAUUCAAAACAAAUAAAUUAAAUUCAUUAGGUGGACCAAAAAAUGCAACUCAAGACCUGAUGAGGACAAAUCAAAGAGCUGACAAUGCCGAAAGAUAUUUAAAAACAUUUGAACCCCUUUAAAUUAAAUGAGAAUACUCUAGUAGAGUACCACUUAGUGAGCUAUGAGUAUCAAAGCAAUGUAAAGAGCCCUCAAACAUUUUUAUUAUUUCACUUUGUAGUGUAAUCUUCUUUUGUAGGCCUUUGAGAUGAUUAACUUUAAGUAUUACUCCAAUUUAAAGUAAAUCUAAGCAACACAGCUCACCUACAAGCUUUUUAGCCUGAAUGUCUUUGGGUGAUGGUUUAAACUCUCAGUUUCUUAAUGACAGGUUCAUUGAUUCAGUUUAAAGGAAUAGUUCAGCCAAAAUGAAAAUGUUGUCAUCAUUUACUCACCGUCAUGUUAUUCCAAACCUGUUUGACUUUCUUUCCUCUGCGUAGCAGUGUUUAGCAAAAUGUUCAGGGGCGGGGAGUGAGUUAACAAAUAGCACAGCAUUAUACUUAAAGGUGUUUUGUACUAGUCUGUAUCAGCAUGGAGCUGGUAUUCAUUUGAUGUUGGUUGGAGUACUAUGUAUAAACUGUAUAAUCUUACAUUCCUCAUAGCUAGUUUUUAUUUAUUUUUUUCAAAUAUACCUGUAUGUAUUUGUAAUUACACACACACACAAAUCACUGCAUGAUGGUAAUAUACUGCAAAUAUGACUGAUAUGCUGUAAAGAAGAGCUUAUUUAAUAGGUCUAAAUGAAUGAGCAUAUUAUAUAAACCAGAUCAUCAUAUGUAAUGAAUAGAUGAGGAAAAUCAAUGGGUGUUAACAGCAUGAACUCAUACAUAUCUAAUGAGAUCAGAUUAUGAAUUAUUAUUGCAGUAUAUAUAUACAGUAUAUUUCUGUGGAUACAUGAUUUUGUGUGUAAAGCAAAUGUGCUGUUACAGAGGUUGUUCAAAGGAUCAGCUUUUAUUACCACCACACUCAACGCUGGCUCUGCCCUGCUCAGCAGAUUCCUCAAUCAAUGUAAUUUAUGUUUAAUUUUUAGAUUUAAUUGGCAAUCAAUCACAUUUGUCAAUGCAGUAAACUUAUUAAGGAAGGCAAAAGCCAUUUAUUUAGCCAGAAUUGAAAAAUAAAAAAACUUCAAUGGGGGUCCGGGGAAGGAUGGCCACUUAUGUCUCAAAAUUCGUUUUUGUGUGGUAGUUCUGUUUACUUGAGAUUUUUUUUUAAAUUGUGUAUAAAAAGUGCUUAACAUAGCUGAACUGAAUGAUCAAAGGCUGACUGUCAAUGAUGUGACUCAUGCUUUUCUUUGCCAUAACUUCAAUUCCACUAUUGUCAUAGCCACUGAAUGUACUUUAGUAGAAUCUUAUCAACUAUAGGAUUAAACUCUAAUAUACUAGUAAGGGCUAAUAUGUACAGACAUCAAUCCCUGCUAAAUAGUGCUCAUUAUUUAAUGUAUAACUGUGUGUCUUUAAUAAUACAUGAAGACAGCAAUAAUUUGCUUAACAGGUGCAUUAUACCAAAUGCAUGUAAGAGAAAUUUAUAUCAAUAAGUGUGCUUUCUCUUUUUAUUUUGAUCUCUUAUUAUAUAUUGCUGAUCAUUCCCUCAUUUUCAAGCUCUUACUCUGGUGCCCUGCUUACUAGAAACAAAUUGAAGAUCACUUAAUUGUCUUUUUAAAAGUCACAUUGUUGACUGCAAUUCGUGAAAGGUGUCUGAGUGAAAACUCCCAUAUUUGAAUAUGCUUAUUGUUUAGGGUCAUUUUUGUCUCAUCGUGAAACAUGCCUGUCUGCAAAACUAUUUGCUACAUAUAAUAAAUAAAAGGUGCUGGUCAACACAGUUAACAGUAACUGGGAUUGUGCCCUGGUUUAUGCCCAUAAAACAGUUUUUUCCCACCUUUUACAACAAUAUGUGGUCUCCAGCAGAAUAUGUGUACUCUUACAAAUCUAGUACUCUCACUUUGAAUGCCAAUUUUUUUUUUUCUAUUCCUCUACCUCUUCUAGGUAUUAAUAUUUGAUGCAUCACAGAUGCCUCUGUAAACACAGACCCACCUUCAGUUAGCAAGACAGAGAUUACCUCUCAUCACAGCUGAAUCCUGCUCAGAACACACAUAUAUAAACCCUCCAACACUGGUAUGAGUCUGGUUGUUCAACUUAAAUUAUUUUUAUGUUAGGGCAUUUGUAAGUAUAGGCCAACGCGCCAAUGCUUUUUGCCUAAAGAAUGCACAUUACUAUGUAAUAUUGCUCUAGAAUUCAUGGAUUCUAAACCUUUGUAGAAAAGGUAAUUUUUGCAAUUUAGCUUAUUGACAAAGUUUGGCCACUAUUUCGUGUGUAUUAUAAGGCAGCUAUAAUACUUAUUGAUGUUGUUAGUGAACUGUGUGCUCUGCUGAUGAUAUAAACUCUGACAGUAAGCCGGUAACAGUUUAAAGAGUAAUGUGGAUGCGUCAUUGUUUCAUUGCUCAUACAUAAUGUGUUGUGUUUAUGUGGGUGUCUUUAAUUGCAGGAAUAGCCUACUUACUAUUUUUCAGCUUCUUAGGGUUCAUCACAGUACAAUUCAGCAACACUGUAGUGAAAUUUUUACUGACACUCCCUAAUGAAAUUUAAAUUUUCAUUCAGCCUGAUCUUAUGAAAAUUACAUGACUGUGCCAACAAUUUAGCAAAAUUACAUUACAUAGGCGAUUGCAAGUAUUGCAGGGGUUCCGAGGUGAAAUGUCCACUGUGUGGCGCUAAAGGAGAGUUAAAUGUCCUUCCAAACAGAUGCGGUUUCUCAGGUUAAUGCUCUAGCGAGUUUUAAAUCAACAAAACGUACUAAACCUAAACCUGACCGAUGGUGUCAUAAAAAGCAAAUGUGAGAUUAAAAAAAAUGCAAUUGCUAAAGCAAAAAAGUGCUAUUUAUAAUUUUUUUGGCUAAUGUGUCGAUUCACAUGCUCUUCAGACCUCGUACAUCAGUUCUUCGCAUUGCAUGUGGUACACUUUAUCAGCUGAGUGGUAGUUUCACACCCAAAUUAGAUUGUAAAAGUAGUUGAUUAUGUAAUGCAAAGGUUCAAAUGUAUCGCCUCACAAGUCGUGCACUGUAGUAAAAAUGUUUUGAGGUCAUAAGAAGCACUGUGUCAGGAACAGAGUGAAAAGGAAGUGUUUAUAAACUGAUAAUCUGCCGUUUUAGUCAUG